AUGGAGUAUGCGCAAACCAGGGAGUAUGCGCAGACCAGGGAGUUCGAGCAGACCAGGGAGUUCAAGCGGACCAGGGAGUUUGCGCAGACCAGGGAGUUUGUGCAGACCAGGGAGUUUGCGCAGACCAGGGAGUUUGUGCAGACCAGGGAGUUCGAGCAGACCAGGGAGUUUGCGCAGACCAGGGAGUUUGUGCAGACCAGGGAGUCAGGCCAGGGAGUUUGA